GAGCACCAACCAGCAGCCGCUCCCGGCCUGCCGAAGUUUCACUUUUUGUCUGUGGGUUCGCUCCCGGGCCCCGCUCCAGCUUUCCCCGGGAUAAGUAGCAUUAGCGGCGGGAAGAGCCGGCCGCUUGCAAGGACCUGAAGAGAAUCCUGACAGCUAGAGUGUUGGAAGAGGCUUGAAAAGAAGGCCAACAGGAGGCUUCGCUCUCUGAGCUGCUUGGGACCCCUCUUCUGGGUGGUCUCCAGUGAGAAGGCUGGUGGGAACUAAAGGACAGAAGCAGAGAGAACCUGUCAGCUGGUUCUGCAUUUGCCAUUGUUCGCUAUUUCCUCAGUGGAGGAGAGCUGUUUUCCCUCAGCUGAGACUUGCCCAUUAUCUGGCUGAGCCUGUGUCCAUUGUCUAUCCCUAAAGCCAGAAGCUGCUUGAGAUUUCAACGAUGUCUCACCCAUCUUGGCUGCCACCCAAAAGCACUGGUGAGCCUCUUGGCCACGUUCCUGCACGGAUGGAGACCACCCAUUCUUUCGGGACCCCCAGUAUUUCCGUGUCGACACAGCAGCCACCCAAGAAGUUUGCUCCAGUGGUGGCUCCGAAACCCAAGUACAACCCGUACAAGCAGCCCGGAGGAGAGAGUGACUUUCUCCCACCUCCACCUCCACCUCUAGAUGAUCCUGGUACCCUUCCACCUGGCUCUGGACACUUCCCUCCUCCUCCACCACCGGAUGAAGGAGCUUUCAAAGUCCAGCAGGGAAAUCCUGGAGGCAAGACCCUGGAGGAAAGGCGGUCCAGUCUGGAUGCCGAGAUCGAUUCCUUGACCAGCAUCCUGGCUGACCUGGAGUGCAGCUCUCCCUAUAAGCCUCGGCCCCCACAGGGCUCUACUAGUAUAACAGUCGCUCCUCCAGCCGCUACUCCUGUCACAGGACAUAAGAGAAUGGUCAUUCCCAACCAGCCCCCUCUGACGGCAACCAAGAAGUCUGCCGUGAAACCGCAGCCUGCACCCCAGGCCGCCCCCAUCCCAGUGGCUCCCAUUGGAACUCUCAAACCGCAGCCUCAGCCAGUGCCAGCCUCCUACACUACAGCAUCCACACCUUCAAGGCCCACCUUCAAUGUGCAAGUGAAGUCAGCCCAGCCCAGCCCACAUUACAUGGCGGGCCCAUCUGCUGGACAGAUGUAUGGUCCAGGGCCUCAUGGCUAUAACACCCAGCCAGUUCCUCUGUCGGGACAGGGUCCUCCUCCUUCAGCUCGUGCUGGUACCGACUAUGCAUAUAUCCCACCCCCGGGACAUCAGCCUGAGCCAGGAUAUGGGUAUACCUCCAACCAAGGACGUUAUUUUGAGCCCUAUUAUGCAUCAGGGCCUGGCUACGGGGCCAGAAAUGAUGCGGAUCCUUCUUAUGGACAGCAAGUUCACCCGAAUACCUGGAAACGGGAACCUGGGUAUGCUGCUCCUGGAGCUGGGAAUCAGAACCCUCCUGGGAUGUAUCCAGCCAGUGGUCCUAAGAAGACCUAUAUCACAGACCCUGUGUCAGCCCCCUGUGCACCACCAGUGCAGGCAAAGGCUGGACACCCUGGGCCUAUGGGGGCUCCUUCUGUUCCCCCAUCAUUCCGUCCAGAAGAUGAGCUGGAGCACCUGACCAAGAAGAUGCUGUAUGACAUGGAAAAUCCCCCUUCUGAUGAGUACUUUGGCCGCUGUGCUCGCUGUGGGGAAAACGUGGUUGGGGAAGGGACAGGAUGCACCGCCAUGGAUCAGGUCUUCCACGUGGAGUGCUUCACCUGCAUCGUCUGUAACAACAAGCUCCGGGGACAGCCUUUCUAUGCCGUGGAGAAGAAGGCCUACUGUGAGCCCUGCUACAUUAAUACUCUGGAGCAGUGCAAUGUGUGCCAGAAGCCCAUCAUGGAGCGGAUCCUCCGUGCCACCGGGAAGGCCUACCACCCUCACUGUUUCACCUGCGUGACGUGCCACCGCAGCCUGGAUGGCAUCCCAUUUACCGUGGAUGCCUGCGGCCUCAUUCAUUGCAUCGAGGACUUCCACAAGAAAUUUGCCCCACGUUGUUCUGUGUGCAAGGAGCCUAUCAUGCCUGCCCCAGGCCAGGAGGAGACCGUCCGCAUCGUGGCUCUGGAUCGUGAUUUCCACGUGCACUGCUACCGCUGUGAGGAUUGUGGUGGUCUUCUGUCUGAAGGAGACAACCAAGGCUGCUACCCCUUGGAUGGACACAUCCUCUGCAAGACCUGCAACUCAGCCCGCAUCAGGGUGUUGACCGCCAAGGCAAGCACUGACCUGUAGAGUCGGCUGCCCGCUUAGCUGCUGCGCGUGAGGCGCUGAGAAGAAUGAAACACAAGAAAAAGUUAAGAGAAGCAAUAGAAAAAUAGAGGCAAAGUUCUCCACCCCUGGGAUGGUCUCUGUUCUUCACCUGCUGUUUACCUUUUCUUUAGAAGCACAAUCACGAUGAGAUUUGUUGAAGUUCCUACCAAAUACACAUUUCACAUUGAAUCAUGUAGGGCCUUGAUGAGCUUUGUUGCAAGGACUUCCACAUUUUUGCACAGAUUACGGCCCGUCCCAUUCACUUCUGCAUUCCUGUAACUUUUAAUCCCCAUGUUUGUCUCACUUUUCAUCUGGUUGAAUAGAUUUUUAGUGUGGUAUUUGCUGUCACAUGAUUUUUCCUGGGUGAAUGUGCCAGCCUGCAGGUGCUGUUAGCUUGAUGUCUCAUCCUGUCACCUUUCACUCUGGCUGUGGCUACAGAAGUUAGCCAUCCUGUCGCCAGGUAUGGAAAAGGUGAAUUCUCCCAUUGUGCUACACCGCUCAUGGCUCCUGGUAAGAAUAAAGUAGGGAGGUGGUUGUACAUUUUUCCGUUAAGCUAUAAAGAAUUUAUUUGAAAAAGAUAUAUAAAUUAACAGGAGCCCAAAUUUAGUUUACAGUUAUCCAAAUUCAAAAUCUGUAGUGCCCAGUGGUCAAAGCUCAUUUGAAAACAUGUAUUGGCCAAUAGCUAAAAAGUGGAGAAAGAACCAGAUUUCACUACUAGGCUAAAGAAACCACAUGGAAAUGCUAGCCAAAGGAUUGCUAUUUGUAUUUGAAAAGCCCAUUAUAUUUCAACAGUUCUACCUUGGGGUUUUCCUUGCCACCUAUCUGCACGUAAGGCAGACUUGCUUUUGGUACAUUUCCAAUUCUGUCCAACACUUUAUCUUAGAAGUACCAUGAAUUUUCUCCUAAUACACAAGCAUGGUUACUACAGUUAACAUCUAUCUAAAGAAGGAUAUGUAUUCAAAAGGAAUCAAAAUCUUAUCUUUCUUUCAUUUUAUAAUGACCCAAAUCUGGUUUUUUUUCCCCUGAAAAUUGCAAAUUGGGACACAUAAAAUGAAGUUAUGUAACCAUGUUUCAUCUUCUUUAAAAAAGAAAGAAAAGCUGGGAAAAGAUUGUGAAACCAGAGUCUUAUUAUUCUUAUAAUCCUUCUGCAACUCAAGUACAUAUUGCAGGAGACAUUUUCCUAUCUUCAAUGUGACAUUUACACCACACUUCCAAAGACAAUCACUGAAAACAAAAUUGUCUUUCUGAGCUAAAAAUAUGCAGAAUGGCUGCCGAGACUCUUUUUGCGAACUCUUAUUAGCCAGUGAGACGCUUGCAUGCCAACUGGAGCCAGGCGGCUCUGUUGAGAGGACAGACCUUGCUUAGCAGUCACAGCUGGCCAUUUUGUGAACUCACUGCUCAGUAUCUUGGCGUGAGAUUCCCAAACCUCUCUUUAAAUCUUCUACAAAUAUAUACUUUUAAAUUAUGGAAUACUUUAAAUAUACAGAAGGGUAUAAAUACUAAUAUAAUGAAUCCCUCUGUAGUUAACACCCAGUCCUAGAAAUAUAGUCACCUUAAAUCCCACAAAUACCUUUUUAUCUCUCUUAGGCGGUGCCGGGAGUUGAACUCGGGCCUCACACACUUGACAAGCACCCUGCCGCUCCUGCUUCCCCAGCCCUUCUGUUACUUUCUUUUUCUUUUUAAAAUCUUUAUGACAUGAUGAUCUUCUAGUCUGACAGUUUUAAUUUUAACAUUUAGAGCAAAAAAAAUUUUUAAUUACUUGUGCAUGUUUAAAAUUGCAAAGCCAUGCCUCAGGAAUUCCAUAAAGUUUAUUUUACUUGAAUAGAAGUCAUCAUAAAAGUGAUUAAAAGAAACCCCUAAGCCUUUGUCACUCAGCUCGUCUGGGUCAAUCUGUGGCUUAUUUACUUUCCUCGAAGCAAUUUGCAUCCCCAAAGCUAUGAGUUGCAGGGCUUCCUCUGCUGCCUGCUCCUACCUUGCUCCUCUUCUGUGAGAGUCAUGGAGGGCAGCUCAUGGAUUUCAGGAUAUGGUGGUAGCUCUAUCCCUGAAUUCCUGUGUUCCAAAUCAAAGGCUCGCCUGUGCCAGUGACCUCAGAGAACACUGACUGCUAGACAGUUGAGAUGGCAAUACAGUCUGCUUGAACUCACGAAAAUGUUCACCAUGAAAUAGUUCAGGAAAUUGUCUUUCUGCCAAAAGUAGAGUCCAGUUUAAUGAGGGCAGGAAUUGUGUCUAGAAAUGCAGUAAUAUUGCUGUAAAUUUAGACAACAGAGGAAGAAUUUAUGUAAUAUUUAUACUAUAGAGCAAUAACAUCCUACUUGUUUGUUACAUUUAACUAGUUCUGUAACCAGAUGUUUACAUGUUACAGGAAAAUGCUGCCUGCCACAGCUUCUUCCCUGAGGUUUUCUGGGCAGAGCUUUGCCUGCUUACAGCCUUCUCAGAGCUUUCUCAUCAAGUAACCUCAGAGUAUCUUUACCAAAGAUUUUUAAAGUGAAUUUCUUUUUAAUAUAGACGUAUCCUUUUAUAAUAACAAAUGUGCACAUACACAUAUACAGAAAUAUUUAGAAUUAGAUGUUUUUCUUUCACAAGGUCUAAUACGUAUAAAGGAUCCUACUACUUUAUUCUGCAAUUUUUUUAAUAUAUGAUUUACAUUGCUUUCUUGUUUUCUUCUACUACAAAUUUGAUUUAAAUAAUACCCAGUCACUGUUCUUUACUCUUUUAGCUACAUAAAGUUUUGCCUACUGUAGAGAUAUAAAGAUCGUAUUACUUUAAUUAUUAUACACAUUAUCUUUUGAUAUAUUGCCUCACUAUCAUUUAAAUACAUAAAUAGUUAAAAAAAUAUAAUGUCUGUAACAGAAAACUUGUCAAAUUCUAUCUGAAUUGUUUAAAUAUCAAGAGCACAAACACUUGGUUAUUCUGUAUCAAAUGAAAUACAUAAAUAAGGAAAAAACCCAUGGGCACGAGCUCUGCAGAGAAUAUUUCAAAGUAAGAUUCUCUUUCUAUUUUGAUAGUGGUGGGGAUGGAUCGCCGAGCCUUGCAUGAAACAGACAAGUGCUCUACCAUAGCUAAGCCUCCUAUCCAGAAUAAGAUUUUGUAGUUGUUGGGGUUCCCAUUUCAGACUGGCUCAAUAUAACAUGGGCAAACAAAAUUGCCUUUAAAGCUCACAAAGACAUCAUCACAAGUCAUAGCUCAAGGACUCAGCAUUAUUGAAAUAUUGCCAUCUCUGCAGCUCAAAGAUGUGGGCUUUUUCCUGUCACUAGCACAUUGCUGUCCCUGUUGGAAUGACCUCUCUGAUCACAAUUACUACAUGGGUUUUAUGCUGAUUAAUGAAAUGCACUUAACAACACUAAUUGUUUUCUACAAAAAAGUCUGUAAAUAUGUCUAUGGUGGGCACUUAAAAAGUAUGGACCUCAAUGACGAUGAACAGCUAUAUUGUAUUUGGUCCAGGGGAAGGAAAGCACACUCUCUGUGAGACCGCAGUAGAGUGUCAAUAGACCAGAGACAGGACUCUGCCAACACAACUGCCAACCAUCUUCCUAGUUACUACAAAUCCUAUUAAUGUGAACCAGUCAGGAAUAAGAGUGUUAUUUCUAUUUGAUAUGGUUGGGGCUUCUCCUGUCAGCUCUGUGUUGGUUGCCCCCUGAUCCUUCCAUUAUCAAGUUUUGAAGGGUGUUGGGAAAAUUAUGGCAGCUGUUAGGGAGAUCAGGAAAACAUGGAUGCCACCUCCCAGCCUCUCCCCAUCCCUGUUGGCUUGGAAAGGCAUUUUUAUAUAUAUAUAUAUAUACAUUUCUAGAAAUAUUGCCAUUGUACCUUAGUAUUUCACAUUUGUAGUUUAAACAAGUGAUUGUCCAUCUGUUGCCUGAAGCUACAGUACAUGUGUGUUAUGAAUGAAAUAUGACAGCAUGUUCCAUACCCCUGCUUCAGCCAUCUGUAGACAACCAGCAACCGAAAAAGAUACCUCUGCAAAAUGUGCAUGGAGUCCAUGUCCUGGGAUGGCUCUUCUGGUGCACUUUCAUGAGAGACAAUCAAAAGCAAUCCGUAAUUGUGCCUUAUUUUUAAAUAAUCUUGUUUACACUACUAUGACUAUUGUUUGGUAAUAGAAAUACUAAACCCCAGAUCUCAAAGUUGUAACACACACACACACACACACACACACACACACACACACAAUGGAGGGUGGGGGAGAGCUGCAUCAUUCCAUCUUCAUACAUUGUUUCUUCAGUUUGGAAGGACCUUGUGAGUGUCACGAGAGCAUGCUCGUGGCCAAAGUGAUCUGUUAGGUGUUGUAAAUGCUUAUGAUUUGAUCUUCCUCUUGCUUUACUCAGAUAAAGACAGAGACUCGAGCCUGUAACACCCAUUCAGCACACACAUGUUAAAACCAUAUUAUUUGUUUGAAUUAAUAAGGAACAGUCUUGAUUAUUGAUCAAGUUAUGAUAAUGGUACAGCCAUGCAUAUUUAUGUAGUCGGUUGAUCAUUGGAAACUGCUGUGGUGCUGUAGGUUUGGUUAGCAUAGCUUUAUCUCAGACCUUUUACAAUUAACCUGGUCAAAGCUACUGUGAUCUAAUGCAAGUGCUUAGCCCCUUGCUUUCUUCUCUCCUCUCUCCCCUCCCCCUCCCCCUCCCUUUCUCCUUCCCUCCCUCCAUUCUUUCUUUCCAUUGUUCCUAUUAACACUGCCCUAUUAGGCCCAUCUCUUUAGUCUAGUUAGGAUACCAUAACAUUAUGAUUGCAUUAGAGGAGAAAGGUACCAGAACAUAUACUUGCCAUCCAGAAAAUCCUUGUUUUACAAGGGCAUGUUCUUUAGGCUGUGUGUAUUCCUCUAGGGAGAUAUGGACUUUCAGCUGUGUUUUAAUGAGGCCUUGUUGGGAACUUUUCUCAGUCCUUCUUGAAAAUGGGUCUAGUUUUCUCACCUGUGGAUAUGCAAAGUAAACUUUCUAAAGCCAAACUGCUAUUUGUUUUUAACUCAAAAGCAUUUUGACCACAAAACACUUGAAUUUUUAGUGACUGAACAUGAUUUUGUCCCAUUGAAAUUAACUUCAUAAUUGUCCUUGUGGCAAGGGGAAACUAUUAAUUUUCCCGGUUUUUAACAUUGCAGCACUUAACCCAUGGUUCAUAUUAAAUGAUAAUAAUUCACUCACAAGGGGUAGGUUAGCACUAGAACUCUUCUUAGAAUGUAGAUUAUUUUGCAGGCAUAUUUUCCCUUAGUACAGAGAAGAAAGAUACUAAUUUACUUUUCUGUUUUAAUUUUUCCUUCCUUAUACAAAAAGUUUAGACAAUAUUUUAGUUAGCGACCAUGCAUAUGACUAAUUGUGGAAAGCUAUGUAAAAGACACAUUUUUAUCCAUCUGAUUGGGAAAAAAAAAAGCUCAUAUCUUUUCUCUUUGCUUCUGAUUGGUAUUUGUUUUAUAGCAAUGUCUAAGCAGGAUGAUAAGUAUCUCUACUUCUAGCAUUUGUUAAAAAUUAGCAUACUACAAAUACUCAAAUUCUUUUGUAAUAUUUAGAAUGAAGGGCUAAGUUAAGUUUUCAAAGAUACUCAUCCACUUAGAAGCAAGACAAAACUUCAUUCAUCUGAUAGUCAUCUACUGUUUAAACAGAAUACUGUUUAAAUAGGCACAAAUGCACUCUAUGAACUUAUCUUUGAACAUAACUUCUAAAUUCAGUUCUCAAUCUGAGAAGUAUAAUGUUCUGCCAGGAAUACAGAUGUCACCAUGUCACCUCGUGCUCUACCCCAGUGCUGGGAGGUCUUGCUGAACACAAACAAACAUACUUCGGUGCAGUGCCUGGCUAAACAGUCUUAUAGUCCUUAGAGAGAUAUGCAUUCUCUUGCUUUCAUGACUGAUGACUAUAACAUUUAUCAUUGGAUGUGGCCAGUGUGGAAUACUACUCAAAGCAACCCAGCCUAGCUGGAAAAUUACAUAGAACCAUUCUAGAUUCUAGACUCUUCACCUCUGUGGCUUUGCUAUCACUAAGUCCUUCAGCUUCUCAUUUACUGACAUUGACAUUGACAAUGCCUGUUACUCUGACAGAAUCCAAGUCAUUGAGAAGUGAGGGAGUGAGCUAAGGCAUAUUCCCUUCACAAGAGUUCUGCUGUCUGGCCUCAUAAAGUCUCCUGUGUCCUUUGCCUUUCUGCUUGUCUUCUCAAGGAUCUCACUGUCUAUAUUGCCUUGAUGGAUAGACAACAAGGCUCUUGACACUUGUAAGUUCUGUAUCAAUACUAGUCUUUGGUGUCAAAAGUCUUCCAUUUCAUUCCUAAUAUUUGUGUCUAAAGCAGGCAGCUUCCUUCCAUGAUCAGUUUAUCCUCUCCUUAAGAGUUCAGGAUUUAUCUUGUUUUGUUUCCUCAAUAUCCUUAUUCCGUAACUGAUCUUGUUUUAAUGAUCAUUGUUGAAUCACUCUGAGAGAUUUGAGCUGACUGCAAUAAGGUCAGUCUGUACUUCUUCCUAGGGAGGAGUGUGGCAUGGGAAAGACUAGUUUCUCACCAUGGCCUCUGUGGGAGUUCUGGGAGGACAUGUGAGGACACCCUAGGCUGACUUACUGGCUUCAUUGGGAACCUGGAAGAAGAGUCCUUAAAGGCCCAAUGGGAUAGCAUAGGCUCCUUCCUGCAAAGAUGCAUUGGCCAUGAUGCACGGAUUCUGGAGUGUUAGUAAUGGCAGGAGAAGUGCUCACAUACUCAGGCUCAGUGAGAGAGGAAAGUCAGCAAAGAAAAGUAAACUGUUAAUCCCUUCCUAUCAACAUUCUAGCUGGAGGAGGGGAUGAGGGGUCAGACACCACCAACCCAUGCAGUUUGGAUAGGCAAUAGCUUCCUGUGGUCUUCAUUGCAACAAGUGCAUUCUUAUUGAACCACACUACAUCUUCGACUCAAAUGUGACUGUCCUUUGAACCCUCAGAAAGGAACAAGCAGGCCUUGUCUACUUUUCUGUUCUUCUAGGAACACAAUGAGGGCUCCCAGCCAUCUGUCGUGCUUGGUGUUACAAUUCUCUUACUGACUCCUUGCUGCACAGUGAAGUUUGCUCAAAUGGUGCCUAUCAAGGAAAUAAUCACCCUGUGAGGAAGUCUCUUUGUUUCAGCUGUCCUUGUCAUUAAAACAGGGCCAGUCUUUGGGCUUAUGUUUUCCUGGGUUCAUAAAACAAACCUAUAAAAUACCAGCUUCCCCCCUGUUUUUACCUCCAUUGUAUUUGUUUGGUUUUUCAGAGAUGUGUAACUUUUAAAAACAACUUCCGUUUCUACCCAAGGAGUAGAAAAGCUUGAAGCAUCCAUAAAAACAGCCAGAACAAUUUCUGACAAUCACAGGUUAGACUUUGUGUGAAUUCUGUUGGUUGUGUUUUCCAUUCAGGAAACAAAUCGUCCUGACAGUGGUCAGAUAGCUUCGUGCCUUCCCUUAGUAACUGUCCCGUGAACAGUUUGCUCCAUUGAUCUGACCCACCGAUAAUUACCUUUAAAAUGUUGGGAAACAUCACUGUGCAAACUCCACCUUUCACAAGGAAAAAGUCAAAAACUAUUGCAGGACUGCUGAAAACUCAUCACUUCUGAUCCGUUCUUCAGCACAAAAGCAUAUAUACCAUCCUUAAGGCAGGGAUGUGUGGUGCUGUGUUUAAUGUAUAAACGGGUAAAUUCUCUCACUGUUGCCCUGGGUUACAGUUCAGCUAGCAAUCAUUAGUCUUUGGAAGGAGAAGGUUUUGUCUCUUCUUCCCCAGCUUUGAAUUUGAGAGCUCUAUAGCAAGAGCCUGCUCUCCGCCCCUGGGUAGGUAGCACUUAUGGGUGGAUUUCAGAGCUGUAAAAUAAUAAAAUUCCUGAGAGAGCUUACAGACUGCUUUCACACAUAGAACAGCCCUGGGAAGAUGGUUAUUAAUAGCCCUGUCCUAGAAGAGAAAGCUGAGGUUCAGAAUCAUUAAGUGACUUGCCAAAAGCAAUGUAGCCGGUAAGUGUGAGAUCUGGGCAUGUACCCAACCCUGUCACACACUUCUCACAGGGUACUGAAGGCCCUGUUCAAAAAAAAAAAACCCACGGAAAAUUCACAGGGGCCAUAUGGUUAUCAGUGGCAGGUGUACAUGUGUAUCAUAGUGUUGCAGAUCAUUAAGAGCUUGCAUGUAGCUAUGUCAUCUUGUGGGAAGCCACUGGUCUUUGUGACCAACACUGUGAUGAAGCCUGUAGAACAAAGGCCACUGAGAGCAAACAGUUGUGCAGAGGCGCAUGGCAACAAGUCUCCCCAGAGAGCGUUGGUUUACAAUAAUGGCAAACCUCUCUGGGCCUGUCAGGUUCAGGAUGUCAACAGAGACUGUAUCAUUUAGAAUACAGUAGUGUGCCAAGGUGACCUGAGUUUUAGGAAAUCCCUCCCUCCCAUGGGCAGAAACUGCUAUAGGUUAAAACAAAACAAACAGAAAACAUAUUAGUCUCUCUAUCUGUUCACAUUUAUGUAGAGCCUGCCAAGAGUAUGCUGACACCAGGGUUUUUGAUCCAAUGAGCCCAUGACCAAAAGGCCUAAACAAGCACUAUUGAAUGGAUGGCCUUUCUGAAAUUUAGCCUUCACUUCAUCAUUUGAUAGGUGGUACCUCUCAGACUGUCGUAGUUUUGUGAUUAAUAUACCCUCAUCACAAGGAGGUUAGCAUUGUGUCCUUAACAACAACAACAACAACAAAUCCUGCUUGGAGGACCCUGGGUGCAUUCUAUAAGUCAGCCCACAUCACAGCUCAACAAAUGAGCACCCCUGUUGUGCCUGACUCCCUGAGAAGCUGUGCAUCCAGGGGCUGUCAGGGCUUUCUUUCUCUUUUUUACCUUCUGGCUAUUUGCUACCCGUUGCAAAUCCAUUGAUUAAUUAAAAUAUCCUUUAUCUACAUUACAUCUGCACUAAAUCUAGAAGACCUUUCAGAUAUCCUAAUUUGUAAGUUAGGCAUUUCCCCCCUAAAGUCUCUGCUCCAUCAGGCCACUCAUCUGCCUGUUCCCUGAGAUUAGGAAAAGGCAAGUUCAAUGGCCUCCCAGCCUUUUCCAAGUCUUCCCACAAGGGGAAUAUAGGACACAGAGAGGACCAGAAGGUUGACAUCAUUGCCCAAGCACUCAGUCACAGGCCGGAAAGGUGUCUUAUCUUUCUGAGAGGUUGGGUGGAUUUUAUGGCUGGUAGGAUGGGAAGCAUUUCCUUUGGCACAGAUGGGGUAGUCCAUCCAAGCUAUAGAUCAGUGAAACCUGUUGAGGUCUUCUCAGAACUACCAGAUGAGUUGCCUGAGGAGAGACUUGCCUUUGUAAUUCUGUCCCAUGUCAUUAGACAAAAGGACAAUAAAGAGGUGAAUGUGUAAGGGUACUCCUUCAUGAAAAUACUUUUCAGAUAUCUUCAUAAAUCAACCACACAUCCUGACUUGCUUUCAUAUAAUAUAAAGGACAAAAGGGAGAUGAAAUUUUCCCUUCUUCCACCCUAUGUAAUAUAGUUCCAAAGAUGAGAAAAAGCACAGUUGUGUUUUCUUUGAAGCACGCAUGCACACAUGCGCACAC